AUGUCUGACAACAUAGAAAACUCCGACGCGCCUAGCUCACCAAAAAUUGAAUUUAAAAAGCCAAUACUUUUCGGAAAGAUUGGUAAACUACCGAAAAAGUCGAAAGCGGAGCCUAGUACAGAAACAGAAGAAAAGAAAGAAGAUGAAAAAAGUGAGAAUAUUAAUGAAGGCAACUCCAAAAGUUCGUUACCGCCUGCAGUUUUGCUGAAAGAAUUGUCUACUCCGAUACCAUACAAGGAGCCUAAAUGGUCUGGAUUUUGUCCUGAUGGAUCCGACUAUGCAUUAGAAGUAUUGAAAUCCGGUAUGAUCAUGGAAAAAAUUGAUCUUACGAAGAAGUCAUAUUAUGUUUUUGGACGUCUUGCAAAUUGUGAUGUUGUUAUGGCACACCCAACUAUAUCCAGACAUCAUGCCGUUCUCCAAUACAAAGCCUUCGCUAAUGAUGAUGAACCAGCAUCUGGUUGGUAUUUAUUCGACCUCGGGAGCACCCACGGCACAUUCUUAAACCGGGAUAGGAUAAAAGAACAACAUUACACAAGAGUCAGGGUCGGACAUCAGAUAAAAUUUGGUUCAAGCACCAGAACUUACAUUGUAUUGGGUCCAGAUUUUGAUGCCGAUGGUGAAUCGGAAUUAACAGUCACCGAAAUAAAACAGAGGGCGCUUAACAUGAAGUUAGAAAGAGACAGAAUGAUAAAAGAAGCCAUAGAACAGAGAGAGAGAGAUAGAGUGGAGGAGGAAAAGAGGAGGGAGGAACAAGGAAUUGACUGGGGAAUGGGCGAGGAUGCUGAUGAUGAGCCGGAUCUAUCAGAGAACCCGUACGCCUGCACAGCCAAUGAGGAGCUGUUCUUGGACGACCCGAAGAAAACAUUACGAGGAUACUUUGAGAGGGAAGGUUUAGAAUUGGUGUAUGAUUGUGAUGAACGAGGAAUCGGUCAAUUUCUAUGCAGAGUGGAACUCCCUCUAGAUGAUUCUAGAGGCAGGCCGUUAGUAGCUGAAGUACUUCACAAGGGAAAGAAAAAAGAGGCUGUUGUGGCGUGUGCUCUGGAGGCUUGUAGGAUAUUAGAUAGAGCGGGGCUGUUACGACAAGCUAGACAUGAAUCCCGCCGUAAGAAACAACGCGAUUGGUCAGCGGAUGACUACUACGAUUCAGAUGAAGACACCUUCCUGGACAGAACCGGGAGUGUGGAGAAGAAGCGACAGGCCCGUAUGGAGAAGAACGGACUCAAAGAAGCGGAGAAACCUUUGACAUAUGAAGAUUUGCUAAAACAAAUAACAGAUAUUGAGAAUAAAAUAGCUACAGAAGAAAAGCUUCUAGAAGGACUGAGAGCUAACAAGAAGAAUGAAAUAGUGAAUGAUGAAGAAGAUGCAUUAGAUAAAUACAUGAACACUCUACACACAGGGCAGAGUAUGGCGCAGAAGGCUGAAAUAUCUAAAGCUAAGAUGAGCAUACAGAAGCUGAAAGCGGAUCUAUCAAAAGCCCGUCGUCUGUGUGAACUAGCUCGCCCCGCGGAUGCUCCUCCUCUUCUCAAGAAGAAUAACUCGCCCGCCGUCAAACAGACACACGACGUUAUAUAUGGCAAGAGGAUACGGUUAAAAGACGAUAAACCAAAACCCAAAAUCAUUAAACAGAGCAAGCAAGAAGAAGAAUUUGUUGAGGAAAUGGAUUCGGAUGAAGAUGAAACAAAAUGUACAACCAUCGAGAAAAAUGAAACAAAAUCUGAAAAUCCGAUCAAAAAAGAGACUUCGGUUGAAAAUAAGAAAUUAUACGGACCUAUGAGACCUCCGGAGAAUUACGUUGUACCUGAAAAUUAUUUUGACCAAGAAACAGACAGAGAUCUACCGGAAAUUGAAGAAAAAGUUGAAUAA